AUGGCACGGGGCGCUGCGAGACCGUCCAAGCCUUUCGGCCAUCGAUGGCGAUCCUCGGGACUGUACAUCAUUGCGAUAGUAUCGGUGGCUCUGUUUUCAGGUUGGUCCAAUUCUCCAGAAACCUCGCGGACAAUCGGGUUCUUCCAGGGAAUACUGACAACAGGGGAUUCCACAGAUAACUUCCUCUUCACCUUCAUCAUCCCGAUCCUGCCGGAGAUCCUGGAGAGCCGCCUCCAGCAGCCCGCCGCGCGCAUCCAGGCGCUGACCUCCAUCAUCCUCGCCAUGAACGCCCUGGUCUCGAUCAUCCUCGCGCCCGUGACGGGCUACGUGGCGGACAAACUGUCCUCGCGGAAUGGGUUGCUGAUCGCCGCGUGGGGGGUGAACAUGCUCGGGACGGUGGUGACGGCGUGGUCGACGACACUCACCGGACUCAUCAUCGGCCGCCUCAUCCAGACCGUCGCGGGCUCGGUGAUCUGGAUCGUCGGCAUGGCGAUGCUCGCCAACGCGGCCGGGGCGCGGCACCUGAGCAAGGCGUUCGGGGUCGCGGUCCUGCUGGUCUCCGCGGGCUUGCUGACCGGGCCGGCCGUGUCGGCCGCCCUGUACAAGUUCGUCUCCUACGGUGUCAUGUGGUCGAGCGCGUUCCUCGUCCUGCUGAUCGGGCUGGCCCUGCAACUGCUCGUCCUCGAACCGCGCGGGGACGGAGCGCGCGCCAGUUCCACCACCGCUCCCAAAGACACGGGCACGCGAGACGAGGAGCAGAACAGCGAGGCCCAGACCCUCGACGCCACCACCGCUCCGCUCCUCCCGUCCAGCCCGGCCGCAGAAGCCCGCUCCUACACAUACCACGCAACCACAACCCCCACCACCACCGACACCGACCCCCCAAGUCCAGCGGGAAGCAGCACCCCCGACAAGGCGAACAUCUACUGGCUCAUCCUGCGCAAGAAGCGCGUGGCCGCCGGGCUGCUCGGCGACACGCUGCUGGCCGUCGUCAUCGCGAGCUUCGAGGCCACGAUCCCGCUGCACAUCCGCGAGGUCUUCCGCUGGGACGGCUUCCACGCCGGACUCCUGUUCCUGCUGCUGCAGGCGCCGACGCUGCUCCUGGUGGUGCCCGUCGGCGGGCUCAAGGAUCGGGUCGGGCUGCGGUACCCCGUCUCCCUGGGGUUCGGGCUGCUGGCGCCGUCGCUGGUGCUGCUGGGUCUCCCGGGCCACCAGGGGUUCUUGGGGACGCGCGGGGCUGUGGUGUAUCUGGUGAGCUUGGUGGCGAUCGGGGUGUGGAGGACGUUGAUUCUGGGGUAUGGCGGGGUGGAGGUUCUGAACGGCGCGAACGAGCUCGCCGACGAGAUACCCGGCAUCUUCGGCUCCAACGGCGGCUACUCGCGCUCCUUCUCCUUGUCCAAUGUCACCUGGAAGGGGGGCAUGUUCGUCGGCCCCUUGGUCUCCGGGGCGUUGACUGAGGCGGUGGGCUAUUUCUACAUGAAUCUGGUUCUGGGUACGGGCGUGUCUUUGGGGACGCACUGUACGCCCUUGCUGCUUGGUGGUUCCAUGAAUUCCUGCUGCAUCAUGGCUCCCCAAGUCAUCAUCCUCGCAGGCGGAACCGGCGGAUUCGGACGGUAUCUCGCCGAAACCAUCACCAGCAGCCCGGACUACACCGUGGCCAUCUUAACUCGAUCGAACAAGAACCCCCCACCCUGGACCGACCACCCCAAAAUCACCACCCACCAAACCGACUACACGCCGACCUCCCUCGUCCCCAUCCUCAACACCACGCAGGCCACCACCCUCCUCUCGCUCAUCCGCUGCCCCAACGACGCCUACCUCCCGCUGCACACCCACCUCCUGGACGCGUGCAUCGCCUCGCAGACCUGCAAGCGCCUGAUCCCGUCCGAGUGGGCCGGCAACAUCGACGACUUCCCGCUGCUGCCGCGCUCCUACGGCGGCACGCGCGCCCCCUUCCGCGAGAUCCUGCGGGCCCGGGCCGCCAGCCACCACGUCGAGUGGACGCUGGUCCACCACGGCUGGUUCAUGGACUAUUUCUUGCCGGCACACAAGUCGUACAUGGCGUACAUCCCCGGCGAGUUUCCGGUCGAUCCGCAGACGUGGACGUACCAUGUGAAGGGGUCGGGGGAGGAGGCGCAGUCGUGGACGUGGUCGAGGGAUUUGGCCAGGGCGGUGGUGCGGUUGUUGGGGCGGGAGCGGUGGGUAUGGAGUUGGAGGCUGUGUGCUGAUGACCGGGAGAUGGCAGGCCGUCCCUUGAAGAGGGAGUAUCGGUCCGUCGAGCAGAUCGAGUACGAUGUCGAGCACCAUCCGACACCCCCGGAUGAUCCGAAUAUCGCGCUGGCGGAGCUGGAGGAGUGUACGAUUAAAGGGGCGAUUUGCUGCCCCCGGGAGAAGACGUUGCGGCAGAAGGAGGAGUUCUUCGCCGGGAUGGAGUUUGUGCGGCUGGAGGAGUUGCUGGUCAGGGCUGAGAGGGAGGGGUUCACUUGA